UUGUGAAGCGCGCAUAGCUCACGCUCCCGUCCUCGCCUUUGCGUAGCCGCUCCCGUUCACGGGCCAUUGUGCGCGGCCUUUACGGCGAGCAACUCUCUGCAAAUGGUUCUGGCAUCAAAAUGGAGAGGUCACAUGGUACGAAUGAAUCACAACUGCGCACACGGCAACUCUCGGGAACUGAUGAAUGGACGAAAGACGACGAAGAUGACCAAGAGCGAGUGGGGUGGAAGAGUUGAGGAAAACUUUCAGCGUAUUGCUGUCCUGGAAACAACAUGACCGAGAAGCCGGGAAGAGUCGAGUUCCGUGUGCUAUAUCAGUGCAAUACGUGAGCAAAACACAGUGAGUGCAGUAUUGUGAAGUCAAAUUUAUUUAACUUAAAAAUUACGUGUGCAUGUAGUGCAAAUCAAUUCUGAUAAUUUUUGUAGAGAAGAAACGGUACUAGUUCAGAAUGUAGAGCUACCUUAAGAACCACUUGCCAUUUGCAGAGGUCGGGGCCGAUUCUCAUAGUAGUAUAUUUCAAUCUAAUUUUCUCUCUGGCUUUAUAACCGUCGUGUAUUUGGCCUAUCAACCGUGUACUUGAAGCAUGGGCAAGUAUGGGUAAUGAAGUUUUCAUGGAGAUGCGUCAUUGGUAUCAAGAUGAGAGAUCAACCCAUUGCUUGGUACUAUCAAAGAUAAUGGGACAGAAACUUGAAGAUGUCUCCGAGGUGCAUCAACAUCAACUCUUCUACGAGUCAAUCGUCAACAGCAGCGCUCAGGUUGUGAGGUCAGAUGCAAUAAAACGCAGUUGCAGCAACAUUCAGGCACUCAGGUGCCGGACGUCCGCCUCAAGACCCCCACGUCUCAGCGGCGGCGCCCACUCUUGGCGCGAUUCGCCCCGCUGCCGCCAGGGGCGCGCGCGCCCGGGGAGCGUCUGACGUCAUCGGCCACCGCCGCCGAGCCGCUUCCGACGCGCCGCUACUCGGCCUGCCAACGCCGAUAAAAAGAAGUAUCGUCGUGCCAGCACAGUCAACAAGAAGAUUCACCUUGGAGAAAUUGCCGAAGGGCGACCGGCGCCUCGUUUGCCUCCGCAGGGCGGGGUAGCCCACCCGCACCCCCACGCCCCUCCGCACCCACCCCGGGCUGUUUGUGCUUGGUAAAUGGGCGCGCGCCGCUAAGAGCGAGCAAACAAGCGUUGCUCGAGAGCCACCACUAGAUGGCACGCCCCGCUCCGCCCCGCCCCCUCGACGCACGGACAAUGAAGCAGGUUCCUCGAUCCAGCUGUACCUGGCUGUAAGAGCUGCCAAGCGACGGACACAGGGCCUGGGUUGCGAGGAAGUGAACACGGUGAUUGGCGUUUAAAGCAAUCGGACAAAGGGAAAGGGGUGUCAAACGAUGGACACAGUGACUGGAAUGCCUGGCGAUGGGUUCUGCUCGAAGGAACACGGUGAACGCCA